AAUCAUCAAAAAUGGCUUCUGAACAACCGAAUGUUGAGGAAGAAUUAAAUAAGUCAUUUCAAGAUGAUAUUCUCAUACCUCCUUUAAGAAAUACUAUGUCGCUUCAAAUUUCACCGGAUCAAACGAAGAUCUGCGACAUUGCAAGAAAGCAACUCGACAACUUAUCAAGUGUUAAAUCAAAACGAAAAUUAACAUCAAAUUCUGAUACAGAAGCUGCAAUAAGUCCGACUACACCAAUAAAAACUGAUCUUGUUCACGAUUCCAAGCAAAUCAUGCAUAACUUAUCAAGCGCUAUCGUGUCCAAGGCCGAAUUAGAAAAUGAAAUUCGAAAGAAAGUCGCAAAGCAAGAACCAUUUCGUAAACCUGGCACUGGAACUAUAGAAAUUCCACAAGAAGUAAUCUUAUCUGGAUUGAACUCAACGCCGAUAUCAAAGACAGAAAGUGAAGAAACUCAAUUGCAUGAUCAAGAAUUAAUUGACAUUCUCGAAGGAAAGUCUGAAGAAGGUGGAGAAAUUUUUGAAGUUGUUGCUCAAGAAGGUAAAGUCAUGGUGGUGAAAGAGAACAAAGAUAAUUCUUCAGAGACAACAAGUUAUGAAAUAGUGACUGGUGAUUCUGAAGUAUCACAAGCAAAAACGAAAUUAUUGGAAAGAGAAAUUGCAAUGCGCCAAAUUGCCAGUUUACCAAUGCGUAAAAAUAAACGACGAGAUACGUCAACAGGUUCUGCGAAAACAAGCUCAAAUUCAUCAAUUGCACAAACAUUAGCAGCUGAAUGGGAUGAUGAUGACAAAAAUGAGAUGAUUCUGGAAGUUUUGAAUGUUGAAGAAGACGGAAGUGAACCGAAAAUUAAAAUUCUCAACAUGACAAUUGUCAAUGAACCAGAAGUUAAAACUAAAGUGCAAUCACCAAAAUCGGAGCCAAAAAUCCUCAAUAAGGAAGCUCCAAAGAAUGCUCCAAAAAUUUUAAACAUAAAUGCAUCUUCAGCUGAAACUCCAGCAUCGUUUAAACGAAGUCGUGUUGUUAAAAAGCGCGAAAUUUGGGAUCCUUCUCAGACAAAAACAUCUCCAAUUGCUGUUGAGAAGAAGCCAAUCGAAAAGUUGCCUUUAUCACUGCCUCCAUCAAUCACAAUUAAGAAGCUCACAAAAGAGAAUAUCACCAAGGGACAAUUGCCUACAGAACCGGACAAGAAGCCAGGAGCUAAGAAAGGAAAGAAACGGUCAAAUGAAAUUGAUAAACUUUUACAAGAUGAAGGAGCUGUAAACAUGAUUUACAGUCUUGAGAGAGAAAACAACAACGAAGAUGUUCCAGAAAUCGAAGUGAAAUCUGAUGAAGGUUUGAUUGAUAAAUCACAAGAGAAAUCGUCGCUUGUGACAAAAGCAAAAGCAAUAAGAAAUGUUGUAAUCAAGCAAAGUUCAUCACCUCAAGAAACCAAAGCUCCAGUACGUGUUCGAGUAAAACGAGAUGCAACGCCAAGUAAGACUGUUGAGCAACAAGAGAGUCAAGUUGCAACAGUUAAAGCACAAAAAAGUUCAACAGCUGCGAAUCGUAAAAAGAAAGCCGAUAAUACUUGGGAUUAUAUCUUCUCACAAGCUCAAGCAUCUUGUGAUGACGCGAUGAUCAUUCGACGACGUUCAAACAGUUCAUAUUCAAGUUCAGCAGCAAGUCCACGUCGUUUAAGUGUUGAUAUCAAUGAAAGUUUCGAUUCACCACCUUCAAGUGCAAAGAAAAGUAAGCAAGAAACAUUUGAAUUUACAAACCCACCACAAAAGAUUGCAAAAUCGCCAGCUGAUAAAGUUUUCAGUAAAGAUUUCGUUGAAGAAUUACGUGGAAAGAUUUCAAAUGUUAUCACGAAGAAUAAAGAAAAGCCACAAACAACAGCACAAAGUGGUGGAGGUCGAGGACGUAAAAGAACUGCAACAACACAAAAUGAUUCAAAUCCAACGAGUGCUAAACGUGCCAGUCGCUCAAAUGGCGUUGAACAUAAAGAAAUUCGUUUAGAAAAACAUGGAAAAGUUGCUCAUGUGAUUCUCAAUCAGAAUCCAUUGACACUUUCACUCCUAUCGGAAAUGAAGACCGUACUGAAUCAAUUGGAGUCUGAUGAAAGUCAAGUAGUGUUGAUCACUUCGAGUGAAGGAUUUUCUGAAGGAAUCGAUUAUUCAACAUUGGUACAAACAACAGUCGAUAAGCGUAAACAAGCAGCAAGUGAUUUGGUGACAGCUAUUAAGAAUUUCUUCAUAUCACUCGCUGCUUUUCCAAAAAUUCUCGUUUGUGGACUGAAAGGGGUAACGUCAGGUGCUGGUGUUUCCAUGUUGCCACUCUUUGAUCUCGUUUUUGCUGAACCUUCCUCAACAUUUUCAAUUCCACAUGCUAGGAUUGGCUCAAAUCCGGAAGGAAUUUCAAUCUUACAAUUUAGUGGAAAAGUCAAAAGCACAGCUAUAAAUGAAAUGUUUUAUUUGAAUGCCACAUUGGAUGCUAAUGAAGCUUGUAGUAAUGGACUGAUCACAAGGAUCAUCUCUAAAAAUUUCGAUAAUGAAUUGAUGAGUCACUGUGAACGAAUUGCUGAGUUCUCGAGUCAGACUUUGGAAUCAACCAAAAGCAUCUUGAAUGAAGAUUUUCUCAAUUCAAUUGACGGGUAUUUGGCGACUGAAGUGAAAAUUCUCCAACAACAAUGGAUCAGUGCUGAAUGCCAAGAGAAAUUUAAGAAACACAACGUUAAGGGUGAAUGGUAAGAGGAAAAUUCUUUGAACUGAUUGAUAACUUUUUUUCUUUUUAUUUGCAUAAAUUGCAAAUACUUUUUUUUCUCUUUACAUUUCUUAAUUUGAUUAAUUAUUUAAGAAUUUUGUCGUAGCUAAGAAAUUUCUUAUCUUAACUUUCAUUUGUAUCACUUUUUGGUCGUUGAUUUGUAUUCAUAGUUAUUUUGAUUAGACAGAUAGUUUUUUUUAUUAAGAUUAUAAGUUGAUGAAAUUGCUGAAUCAAAGAUGAGUUGAAAUUACGUAUUUACUUGAAUUAAAAAAAAUUAACAAACUUUUCCGUUAAAUAUUUUCUUAUAUCUUUCAAGUUUACAUCGUGAAUUGGAUGAGUCAGGAAAGUAAUUUCUUUUUUUUAUUAAAUUACAGUGAAACUUGUAAUUAUAUGCUCAUUGUUAAUUUACAUUUAAAAGUUAUGAAUAAUAAAACAAAAUUAAAUUCUUUAUAUUGAAUUAAAACUCAAGAUGUAAUCACUUUGAUCGAGAAGUUCUGGUGGGAUGAUCUCUUCUAGAAUAAUACGAGAUAUUCCUGUCACGUUGAUUAUUGUCUCCAACAAAUCAAUUCCAUUAAGAAUUUCAAGAUUCAAUUCAUUUUUGGUGCUUAAAUUGAAUUCCAUCAUUUCUAAGACACAGGAUCCAAACAACUCGAUGAAAUCUUGUAAGUAAUUGUUCUCGUGAAAUUGUUUCAUCAAUGUUAUUAAUCCAAGGGCAAAGACAUGACCGUCAAUAUAUCGACUGCUGUUAAUUAAAUCUAAAAGAAUCUUUCGCUGUUUAGUGACAGCCGCUGCU